AUGGACGAAGUACGACCCGUACGAGGUAGUACAGUUGCAUCUACAAGGAAUAUCGAUCGAGACCGCCGCCGCCGUUCAAAUAAUGAACUCCGCGACUUCUCGUCCAGGAGACGGGAGGAGGAAGAGGAGGCCGAUGUAGCCUCCCUGAAUAUUCCAAAGGAGCCAAAGAGUAAAUCAAAGCAGAGACUGAAGUUCGUUUGUUUUUUGGCCCCCGUUGAAGACGAUGAUGAACACCGCGCUGCCCGCGUGAAGCAGUCUCGCCGAAGCUCUCAUGCCCGGGCGACCUCGAGCGUCCACCAGCCUGUCUCACGGCCUCCGCAAAACAUGGGCCGUCCACCUGCAAGUUCUGGAAAUGAACCAAGUUCCCGUCACAGAUCUAGUAUGGGAGAAAUCGCUCCGUCAAGGAAAGCGAAACGCCUGUCGACAUCCGAGUCGGCAUCACUGCCAAACCACCAGACUUUACGCCCCACCAUGUCCACCCAUCGUGGAUUAUCCCAAACGGAAUCUCUUCUUUCGUGGAUUCCAUCGAGCCUAUCACCAGAAACCACUUCAAAGCUACUCCAGAAACUCUCGGAGCCACUCUCAGCCGCCGAAGAAGCCGGAUAUAUCUACAUCUAUUGCGUGACGCCCAGCGAUUUCCGGCCCCGAGCAGAUGAAACCGCCUCGUUAAUACCUUCAUCCUCUAAUCGCCGUGACGCCACUAGACGUACGAGCGACGUCAUGUCCUCUGCGGGAAUCGCGCCAACAUCUCAGAUUAAAAGACAUGACCCAAACGGCAGCCAUACAGCAAACACCAUCAUGCUAAAGAUAGGGCGUGCCGUCAACGUCUGUCGGCGACUGACCCAGCAAUGCUCUCAUAACCUUACAUUAAUCCGCUACUACCCUUACCAUCCGUCGUCUGGAACUGAAUCCAGUCUUCCACAGAAAGCUCCAAAUGUGCACAGGCUAGAGAGACUGGUACAUCUUGAGUUGGCUGAUAUACGGGUUAAACCUGGCAAACCGUGUGACGAGUGUGGGAAGAAGCACCAGGAGUAUUUCGAGAUCGAGGCGAGUAGGGACCAGCUCAGGAGGGUAGAUGCUUGUGUUAAGAGAUGGGUUGAGUAUAGCCAGCUCAACCCGACGAGCUGA